AUGUCACAGCAACCAACACCAAGCCCAUCACGGGAGCGGGGAUUUAGUGUCGCGGAAGCGGCACCGAGUAUCGACCAGCCUGGUGAGGAAGACGCGCGCGAGGGCCUCGACAGGCUAGCUAACUUGCUAUCCCCUCCAGAUGAAGACAACGCUCUUGGUAGCCAGUGUCGCGCAGACUGUCUUGCCCCACCUCCCCACCCCGAUGCCUUCCCCGACCUGUAG